CGUUAAAAGCAGGCUUAAGGUGGUAUGGUGUGGGUUACAGGUCUACCAACUGGUGGUUAGGCUUUGAAACUUAUCUUAAGCAAUGAAAUUCUCACAGAACCACCAUUACUAGUUUCAUGUACCUUGCUUGGCUUUUUUUCUCACACGUGAGAAACCUGGAACUGGAAUCAUUACUAGACAAUUAUUUUCUUUAAAAUAUUCCACUAUUGUUCAUUAUGAAGAAGAUACAACAUGUCCAUAUUUAAAUAAUACUACCUUUAAUUGGAUUGGCGUCAAUGUUCCAAUCAUAAGGAGGGUCGGUUGCUUCUGUUUGCGUUUGUGGGUAGUAUUUGUAUUUCUUGGGAUUGCUUUUGUGUUUUUGCUUUUAUAAUAAAAAUCUUGUCUUGGUGUUUUCUGGUCUUUUCUGUUCCCCUUCCCAGCCACAUCAUUUCUCUGGGGUUUUCAGCUGCAAACAACUGAUACACAUGAACUUUGUAGCUUAAUUUUGGGAUUUAAGCAUUGCAUGGUCCAGUGGAGGUUCUAGAUUGGGGGUCUAAUCUUUCUCUCAAGUUUCUAUAUGUUCAUGGGUUUUUGACUUUGGUUGUUGUGGCUUAAUUUGUUACAUGAUGGACUUCUUGUUGGGGCAUUAUUGUUAGUGGUCGGUCACUUUGUGGAGGGCACUUGGAGAGCUUUCUCAUUCACCUUAUAGCACUUGACCAGAGGUUGUGAAACAGAGUAAGGAGAUUAUGGCUACUUAUUACCCCAGUUUGAGCAGCCAGAGAGACAAUUUGCAAAGUCCAUAUCCAGGAGACCAGAAACUUGCUUCUUAUUCUGAACUUCCUUCCCAUCAUAAUAACAUGACAAUUUAUGUGAACCAAGCAUCUGCUGCUGGGUCGUACUCAGAAUUUAUAACUGAGAGUUCCUUGUCUUCUCACAAUUGUGCUGAAUUUGCAGCUGCUGGAGAUAGAAAUGAGAUGAUGUUCAUUCCACCUACGAGUGACACAAUGAAUUUGCAAUCUGUUGAUGGGCAUUUAAACACAGCAGCAGGUAAUCCAGUAGGCAACCAUGUUAAUCAGGAUUCCCAGGGGGUUUCCAGGGCAGAGCUUCGCAUUCUAGAUGGUGAACAGAAUUUUCAGUGUCAGGGAUUAUCUCUAAGCCUUGGCACAGAGAUGCAAUCUCCAGUUUCUGUUCCGUCAUUUCAGUAUCAAAGUCCAAACCUAAUUUUGACUUCGUUGUUGAGUCCACAUGUUCCUGUAUUGGGGAAGUGGACAUUAUCCAGUGAAAGUGAUGAAAAUAAGGUGUUGAGAAAUUCUGGAUGCUUGUCUACCUUUUCUGGGGGCAACCAUAACCCCAUCAAAACAGAGGUUUCCUGUAAUCCUCAGUGCUUUGAUGCCCACAAAGAUGUUCAUACUGAUACAUAUAUGGACGGAACUUCUGGUUAUGCUAAUGCUAUCUCAAACUCUAAAUACCUCAAGGCAGCACAACAACUGCUUGAUGAAGUGGUUAAUGUCAGAAAGGCUCUGAAGCAGUUUCAAUCCAACAAAUGUUUUGAUGACACCAAGGAGAAUGAUGGGAAACCUAGCAACCAAUCUAUCGCUCCCACAUCAAGUGGGAUUUCUUCAGGCCUUAGUGAGUCAAUUGCCAACUCCUCGUCUGAGUUAUCUUCUGCAGAACGACAGGAUUUACAGAACAAGAAGACAAAGCUUCUGUCCAUGUUGGAUGAGGUUGAUAGAAGAUACAAGCAGUAUUACCAUCAAAUGCAAAUUGUGGUGUCUUCUUUUGACAUGGCAUCAGGUCAUGGGGCAGCUAAAUCAUACACAGCACUUGCUCUCCAAACAAUCUCUCGUCAUUUCCGCUGCUUGCGUGAUGCAAUCAGCAACCAGAUAGAAAUAAUAAGGAGAAGACUUGGGGAGCAAGACACUUCACCUAAUGGUCAAGGAGGGAUAUUACGUCUCCGCUAUGUGGAUCAGCAGCUAAGACAACAGAGGGCUCUCCAGCAGCUUGGUGUGAUGCGGCAUUCUUGGAGACCUCAAAGGGGUCUUCCUGAGAGCUCUGUUUCAAUUCUUCGAGCUUGGCUUUUUGAGCAUUUCCUUCAUCCCUACCCUAAUGAUUCAGAGAAAAUCAUGCUAGCGAAACAGACAGGCUUGACGAGAAACCAGGUGGCAAACUGGUUUAUUAACGCACGGGUGCGUCUUUGGAAGCCCAUGGUUGAGGAAAUAUACAAAGAAGAAUUUGCAGAUUCUGAAGCAUUCUCUAAAUCUUCUCUAGAUGAUGCAACCAAAGCACUUGGAGAGAAUCACUUGGUAUCUGAGAAUGGGCUAGACGAGUUGCAGGACAGUGUGACAUCUGCAGCUGCUGAUAGUAACCACCCAGGUCAAGUUCAUGAUUUAAGGUCUUAUUGCAUUCCUGAUAUAGAAAUGAACAAACCUAUAGGAAAAACAGUGCGUCAGAAUAAUUCUCUUGGAGAUGUCUCAAAUUUUAGGAUUACUAAACUCCAGGGUAACCAAAGGUCUGACAUGGAAGAACAAAGCCCUUAUCUAGACAAAAAUGUCCCAGUUAACCAACAUGGUGAUGAGACUCUUAUGCCUGCUGCUCUCUCGUAUGACAUAUCAGAGUUGAGUGGAUUUGCAAUUGGCAGUCAGGUGUCACUUGCAUUGGGUUUGCAACAUCGUGAAAGUGAUGCUUUUUCCAUGUCCGGUGAGAACCAUAUGAGGGUUAACAAUGUAGCACCUUCCUCUAUGGGACCUGACUCGAUGGAUUAUCAUUGCAUGGAUCUGGGAAAGCAACAGGACAGGUUUGGCAAUUCCCAUAUAUUACAUGAUUUUGUAGUUUGAAAGAAUCCUUGCUUCUGCCUUCUUGCUUUGUGGGUCAAAUAAUCAAUCUUGUGAAGAGAAGGAUUAGUCAAGUUUUGGAUAGCCAAAAACAGAAAUUACAUGCUUUCUCAUGCUGCCCUCGUGCUCAUUAUUCCACUUUCUUAUGGUUUGAAUAGAAGAAAAUCAAUGCUGCUACAGAUACAGAUGUACAUACAAGCAUGAGGCGCGCUUGUAAUAUAAAAAUAGGUUGGUUGAAUUGUAGGCAUAUUUGUAAAGAUACAAUAAGAUGCUUGUGGUCUUGUGUACUUUUUUGAAUAAGGAAUUUUGUACAAGUAAUCCCUAAUUGUGACACUGAUGUAUCAUAUGAUAUCAUUCAGAAUUUUUCUGAAAUAAGUGUGACUUGAAAAUUA